AUGACCGAUAUCCAUUCUGAGAUCAAAGGACUACGUCAGGAUAUACAGAAGGGCUUGGAGCUUAGCAACACGAGCUCUACGCCAAAUUGGAGAGGGCUGGUCGCGACUGUGAAAGACGAUCGUGCAAGAAAUCAGUCACUGGACGCCCGUGGACAAUUUUUCAACGAUUCAGCAUCAAUUCUCGAUAACCCUUUGGGGUGCCUUCUAGAAUAUCGUGUUUGCGAGCGUUGUGGUAAACCAGUGAGCCAUUCAGCUCUCGUGGACCAUCUACAGAUCCAUUGCAAAGGAAUAUCACAGAGUAAAGUCGAAAAGCCAACCAACAAUAUUAAGGUGGAAGACGUGGAAGUUACGAACGAGAUGUCUACGGCAGGUGACAGGAAAAAGGGCAAUUCGUCGGGCUCCAAAAGGUCAACGCCCUUCGAGCCUGAUUCCAAGCCUGAAAGCAGCCCGGCCGUGAAAAAACAGCGUAAGGCUGUUUCAACACCGACACCAUCCAAGGCGAAAAGGCGAAUCAAGCAAAGAAAUCCAACAGAAAAACAUCUAAUAGAUUUCGACAAACAGUGUGGUGUGGAGCUAGCGGAGGGCGGGUACUGUGGCCGUUCCUUGACCUGCAAAUCACACUCUGUGGGAACCAAAAGAGCCGUCGAAGGCAGAUCUCAGCCCUUUGACGUCUUGCUGAGUCAAUACCAGAAGAAGAAUCAGCUAAAAACUAAUACAAACUCAAAGCCUAAAUCCAAGACAGGCAUACAGCUACCGCAGUCACAACAAGGGCAAGGUACCGAGACCAGCGAUAGCAUGCCCGUCGAAAUCUCACCCGAAGAAGAAACAACACAGGUUUUGAAUGGUGUCUCGCGGUCAUUCCCGCUGCCGCUAGAGACAAACGUCUUGGGAUCAUCAAGGCUAAGAACCAAAUAUUUCAGAAUGCGAGAAAUGUUUGCAUCGUCGUUCUCUGUCCGGCCAGGUUUUAGUGCCCCAGGCUAUGGCGCUAUCCAUUCUCGUGUGGGCUGUAUCGACCUGGAUAGAACCACCGACUAUACUUUCCGCAUUCGCACACCUCAACCUAUCAAUCAGAUGAAUUUAAACAACCUUACUCCACAACAGAGGCAGAAACUUCAACAGCAGAGAAUGAUGCAGGCUCAAAUGUUAGCUCAGCAGCAACAGCAGCAACAACAACAGCAACAACAUCAGCAGCAGCAGCAGCAGCAGUUACAACAACAACAACAACAACAACAACAACAACACCAGCACCAGCAGCAACAGCAACAGCAACAGCAACAGCAACAACGACAACAACGGCAACAACAACAAGUACAACAACACCAACAACAGCAAGUACAACAACAGCAUCAAAUGCAACAAAUGCAACAGCGACAACAACAGCACAACCAACAAUUACAGCAUCCACAACAGCAUGUUUCAGGAAUGAAUCAACAAGGUCAGCCAAAUCCCUCUCCUGGUCUUCUACAAUAUCAACAGCAGCACGCCCAAAAUGCGCGAAUGCACAAUUUUUCGCAAGUCGAACUUGAAUCGGGCCUCACUCCACAAGGCAUCCAGAAACAGCAACAAAGACUUCGACAACAGCAGGUUCAGCAGCAAAGAUUCGAGGCAGCCGCGUAUCAUUUAGCAACGGCAACCAAGCUUAUGCAAAACGGAUCGAAAAAUCAAGGUAUAAGUCAGAAUGCUGGCCAUGUCUCUGCCAUCGGCUCGCCGGUGAAUAUGGCCAAUAGUCCAAGUAAUAGCAAUCCUUUGAACUUGACGCCUGGCAGCGAUCAACGCUAA